AUGCCUCAAACAGCAGCUGAAGGGAUUCGUGAAGAAUCGAAACCGAGCGGUCCUGCUGAAGCAACUAUGAUGUCAGACAACGACUUAUUGCUAUAUCUCGGGCCAAAUUCAUCUGGUGAUGGGGAUGUCGAUUACGCAGCACCAAGAACACCUUCUUACUGUCCUCCAACGGACACCGAAGAACAAAAUGAUGCUUACGAAAAUUCACCUCCACCAUCGCAACCCAGACCACCAGCUCGUAACACCAACGAGAACAACCCGCCAGACCAGAAGCAGCCAGAAAAUAGAGGGAUUAAACGAAAAUAUGUCGACCAUCAGUCAAAGGAGGCAAAAAUUGCCAAAACAGAAGAUUCUAUCCCCAAACUGGAAAGACAUUUGAACAAUCGGACAUGUCCGAAAUCAUUGCAGUACUCUGCUAAGGCGAAUAUUGCGCCCGAUAGUACUUUCCAAAAAGAAAUCAAGGAUAUUAAGCGAGCAAAAAACCCGGGGCAAAAAACUGCCGAACAGGCACUUGUUAACGCCCUCACGCACUUCCAUAAACGAAGGCUCGACAACUGCUUAGAAACAAACUUGAGUCUAGGCCUACACUUUCGUCUCGAAGACGUACUCAUGUAA